CCCUGGGAGGCGUGGGUCUGGGGCUGAGGGCCAGGGCCCGCAUGCCCGGGUUCCGGGACUAGGGCCUCCGCAGCCAGCAGGGGUGGAGACCCGGGGCACCCAGGGAAGGUCCCCCACCCGCCCCAACGCCCGCUCCCGGCCAUGGAGCCCUUGAAGAACCUCUUCCUCAAGAGCCCGCUGGGUUCAUGGAACGGCGGUGGCAGUGGGGGCGGCGGUGGCAGCGGCGGAAGCUGGCCAGAGGGGUCCCCGAAAGCAGCGGCUUAUGCCAACCCUGUGUGGACAGCCUUGUUUGACUACGAGCCCAAUGGGCAGGACGAGCUGGCCCUGCGGAAGGGGGACCGUGUGGAGGUGCUGUCCCGGGAUGCAGCUAUCUCCGGCGACGAGGGCUGGUGGGCGGGCCAGGUAGGCGGCCAGGUAGGCAUCUUUCCGUCCAACUAUGUGUCUCGGGGCGGCCCGCCCCCCUGCGAGGUGGCCAACUUCCAGGAGCUGCGGCUAGAGGAGGUGAUCGGCAUUGGUGGCUUCGGCAAGGUCUACCGUGGGAGCUGGCGAGGUGAGCUGGUGGCUGUGAAGGCAGCUCGACAGGACCCCGACGAGGACAUCAGUGUGACGGCUGAGAGUGUGCGCCAGGAGGCCCGGCUUUUCGCCAUGCUGGCACACCCCAACAUCAUUGCCCUCAAGGCGGUGUGCCUGGAGGAGCCCAACCUGUGCCUGGUGAUGGAGUACGCAGCUGGCGGUCCCCUCAGCCGUGCCCUGGCUGGGCGGCGUGUACCCCCCCACGUGCUGGUCAACUGGGCUGUGCAGAUCGCCCGUGGGAUGCACUACCUGCAUUGUGAGGCCCUGGUGCCCGUCAUCCACCGAGACCUCAAGUCCAACAACAUUCUGCUGCUGCAGCCCAUUGAGGGUGACGACAUGGAGCACAAGACCCUGAAGAUCACUGACUUCGGCCUGGCCCGCGAGUGGCACAAAACCACACAAAUGAGUGCCGCCGGCACCUAUGCCUGGAUGGCGCCCGAGGUCAUCAAGGCUUCCACCUUCUCCAAGGGCAGCGAUGUCUGGAGCUUUGGGGUGCUGUUGUGGGAAUUGCUGACUGGAGAGGUGCCCUACCGUGGCAUCGACUGCCUUGCUGUAGCCUACGGAGUGGCUGUUAACAAGCUCACACUGCCCAUCCCAUCCACCUGCCCCGAGCCCUUCGCGCAGCUCAUGGCCGAUUGUUGGGCGCAGGACCCCCACCGCAGGCCCGACUUCGCCUCCAUCCUGCAGCAGCUGGAGGCGCUGGAGGCCCAGGUCCUGCGGGAAAUGCCGCGGGACUCCUUCCAUUCCAUGCAGGAAGGCUGGAAGCGUGAGAUCCAAGGCCUUUUCGAUGAGCUGCGGGCCAAGGAAAAGGAACUACUGAGCCGCGAGGAGGAGCUGACCCGCGCGGCGCGUGAGCAGCGCUCCCAGGCCGAGCAGCUGCGGCGGCGCGAACACCUCGGCGCUCUCCUCCGGAUGCUGGGGUCCCGGCGGGAGGUCCGCUUUCCUUACCGAGAGCCCGGGGCCCGGGAGGGCAGUAAGCUGGGCCCCAGCCACAUCCCCAUCGUGCCAGGCCCGGUCCCCGCGCUGCCUACGAGCCGGCCCAGGGCCCCUGCAGGUUGGGAUCUUGGCUCUCCUUCACCACGAACUGGCCCUGCUUCCUUCCCAAACCCAGACUUCAAACACCGAAUCACUGUGCAGGCCUCGCCCGGCCUGGACCGGAGGAGAAACGUGUUCGAGGUCGGAGCGGGGGACUCACCCACCUUUCCCCGGUUUCGGGCCAUCCAGUUGGAGCCUGCAGAACCAGGCCAGGCAUGGGGCCGCCAGUCCCCCCGACGCCAGGAGGACUCAAGCAAUGGAGAACGCCGAGCAUGCUGGGCCUGGGGUCCCAGUUCCCCCAAGCCUGGGGAAGCCCAGAAUGGGAGGAGAAGGUCCCGCAUGGACGAAGCCACCUGGUACCUGGAUUCAGAUGACUCAUCCCCCUUAGGAUCUCCGUCCACACCCCCAACACUCAAUGGUAACCCCCCAAGGCCGAGCCCAGAGCCAGAGGAGCCCCGGCGGCCGGCCCCGGCUGAACGCAGCAGCGGCUCUGGCCCCGAGGCCCCAGGCCCACCCACCCCCGCGCCCCUGCUGCUGGAGCUGGGUGUCCCUGCAGGUCAGCCUUCGGCCAAGAGUCCCAGACGCGAGGAAGGGAGGCGCGGAAGCACUGUUUCACCCCCACCAGGGAUAUCCCGCUCUGCUCCUGGCACCCCGGGCACCCCACGCUCACCGCCCCUGGGCCUCAUCAGCCGACCUCGGCCCUCACCCCUUCGCAGCCGCAUUGACCCGUGGAGCUUCGUGUCAGCUGGACCACGGCCUUCGCCCCUGCCCUCGCCACAGCCUGCGCCCCGCCGGGCGCCCUGGACCUUGUUCCCAGACUCAGACCCCUUCUGGGACUCUCCACCUGCCAACCCCUUCCGGGGGGGGCCUCAGGACUGCAGGGCGCAGACCAAAGACAUGGGAGCCCAGGCCCCGUGGAUGCCGGAGGCAGGGCCAUGAGUGGACCAGCUGCUCCCCACGCUCCAGCUGCCCCAGAGGAGCCACAGCCUACACUGGAACAGGAGCCGGGCCAGCCUCUGACGCUGCCUUGGCUUCCCCCAGGGACCCCGCCCCCUUUGGGGGUCAGGAACACUACACUGCACAGGAAGCCUUCACACUGGAUGGGGGGCCUGCACCCCCCGCAUACCUGCAACCUGUGGGUCCCCUGACUUACCUGCCCCACUGGGGCCUGACACUGUACCCAGCUGGUUAGGAGGACCAUAGCCUGUCUCAGGGAAUCGCCCCCAGGGGUAGCGCAGGGAGGAGGGGAGGUGCCAGGGAGAGGGGCCGGCCUCAGCUGUCACCAGCACUUUUGACCAAGUCCUGCUACUGCGGCCCCUGCCCCAGGGCUUAGUGCCUGAACCCCCCUGCCCUGGGGGUCAUCUAGGGCCAGGGUUCUCUAGGUGCCUUCCUGCUGCCCCGGCCAGGGUUGGGGCCUCGGCCUCAGGAUCCAAUGAAGCCAAAUAAACUCCCCAAGCUAUCUCCCCAA